ACAGGACACUAAUCCGUCUGACUGCACAUUUGGGUUGCGGUGAUACGUGCGGUGUUCCGUGUGUAGUUGUUCUGUUGUUUCGUUUUCCAGCAUACCCUUUACUAUCAUCACAGUCUCACACACGGUAACAGUUCUUGUCUGAGCGUGUGUUAUGCAGCUGACGAUUACAGAUUCGCCACAAGGAACCGUCCCAUCUAAUUCACAACAGCGCUCACAUGACACGGUGUCACUAGAUCCGAUAAGUCUAGAUGAGUUUAAGACCAAGGCUGUGACAUGCGGAGCCCUACAGAUAUCGCUCGGUGUCAUUCUUAUAUCUCUUGGAAUUGCGUCUAUUAUCAUAGAAUGCUAUAUCUCGGAAUUAGGAGCUCCUAUUUGGUGCGGUGUCUUUAUUGUUGUAACUGGCGUUAUCGGGUGUUGGGCUGCAAAUAAACAAACGCGAGACGUGAUCAUUACGUCUAGUGUGAUGAGUUUAAUGGCCACUGUCCUAGCUUGCACAGUACUAUUUGUGACGUCACUGGUUGCCAUAACGAUGGAAGAGGAAUAUGUCAAAAACUGUGAAACUGUGGAUGUAACAAAUAAUUAUAGUAAUACCACUGUUAUCUUGGAUGAUUGCACCGUGACCGAGAUUCCAUACUAUGAAGGACGGCUCGUUGUAGACUGCCUGAUACUGAUAGCUGCCGUAACAGAGGCUAUUGUCGCAAUUAUAAAUUGUGUCAUUUGUAACAAGGUGACGCCGUGUACGUGUAAGCGGAGAAGUCACAGUCCCGCGUAUUACAUGGAAGACCCGGAUGAUGGGUUGCAACAAGAAAUGGAAUCUAUCGAACCACCUAAUGGCAAGGCAACUGAGAUAAACAGAACACGAGUCCCAUUGACACCAAAGAAAGACGGCGACGUAAAUCAGCCACAACUUGUGUUUCAACCAUUGAACCAAUCACACCCACAACAUCGCAUGUUCAGGUCCGAUCAGCCACAGUUCUACACGUGAUCUUAGCGAUAAAAGAACACCAUAUGAACUUCUAACGUAUACAUUUACUCGUGAUCUAUCUAGCUUAUCGUUUCACUGAGCGAACACUGAUAAGUAGAUGUUAAACGGACCGACUAUGUAAUUGUCGAAUUUGUCAACCAAUUUCAUAUUUUUUUGGUUACUAAAGGUUGUAUUCAAAACG